CCAUAAUCUUCCAAUUCCAAUUCCAUUAUAUAUAUAUACACACACACCAAAAUAAACCAACGGUUCACAAAUUAGAAUUUCUUCUUUAUUCUCUCUUUCAUAAUUUUCUCACAAAAAAAUAAAUUAAUUUAAAUUUUUUUUUGAGUUUCUUUCAAUUCUCUCUGAUUACAAGUCAUACCAUUUUCUCCGUGAAAUGUCAACCGGUGGCACCACCGUCGCCGCCAACUCCGAUAGUGUUAUCCCCAUACCCACCACCACGACCCACCACCGGCGCCGUGUCGCUGACUCCGCCACCAUGACAACGACGGACUCUGAGAAAUUAUCAAACUCCGAUUACAAUUUCUCCUCCGACGAGGAUAAUAGCAAUAACCCAGAAAUUAGCAAUUGCGAUCUUCAUCAUUAUCACCAUCAUCAUCAUCCGUUAAUUAAAUACUUAUUGGUACGGAAAAGGGUACCGGAAAGUAUUGUUUUUAGAGUAGAAGAAUGGGUUUUAAACGUUUCAACAAUUAUUCACUAUUUGAGAUUAAAGAAGAAUAUGGGUCGUACAGUUUUUGGGUUUCUGAUGAUUUUAUUGAUGCUUUCUGUCUUCCUCAAGUUUUCUUUCAUGAUGAUAAAUACAAAUGUUGAAGAUUUAAAUGCCAAUUUUUUGAGAAGGGAAAAUGGUAUUUUUGUUCUUCCUACUUUCAGAAAUGGUUUGGGUAAUCCCCAAAGGAUCAUUUCUGAAACAGAGUCUUCGUCUUCGGGUUCGGUUUCGGCUUCUGGAGAUUUUAUCAGAAAACGUCAGAUGAAGGAGAUACCGGUACCAGAAAUAUGGAUGAAACCAAAUAGUGAUAAUCAUUAUCAAUGCAUUUCUCGGCCUAGGAAUCGUAUAAGAACUGGUUCAUCGACGAAUGGCUAUAUCUUAGUUCAUGCGAAUGGAGGAUUAAACCAAAUGAGAACAGGGAUAUGUGAUAUGGUUGCUAUUGCUAAAAUAAUGAAUGCCACUCUGGUGCUUCCUUCUCUUGACCAUGAAUCGUUUUGGACCGAUACUAGUGAUUUUAAAGAUCUUUUCGAGUGGAGACACUUCAUUGAAGUUCUCAAGGAUGAUAUUGAGAUUGUUGAGUCGUUGCCACCGGAAUAUGCAGCUGUGAAACCCCUUCAAAAGGCACCCGUGUCAUGGUCAAAGGCUAGUUACUAUAGAGGAGAGAUACUUACUUUACUAAAGAAGCACAAGGUGAUACAAUUCACCCACACGGAUUCAAGGCUUGCUAACAAUGGCUUAGCAUCGUCCAUUCAAAAGCUUCGCUGUAGAGCUAAUUAUCAGGCUCUGCGUUAUACGAAUGAGAUAGAGGAGUUUGGAAAGAAGUUGGUUGAUAGACUUAGAGAUAUUGGUGAACCAUUUAUCGCUCUCCAUUUAAGAUACGAGAAAGACAUGCUAGCGUUUACUGGCUGCAGCAACAAUUUGACUAUUGAAGAGGCUGAAGAACUUCGUACGAUGAGGUAUGAAGUGAAACAUUGGAAGGAGAAAGAGAUAGACAGCAAGGAAAAGCGACUCCAGGGAGGCUGCCCCAUGUCCCCUAGGGAGGCUGCUUUAUUUCUCAAAGCGAUGGGAUAUCUGUCCACGACCAGAAUAUACAUUGUUGCAGGGGAAAUUUAUGGCAACAACAGCAUGGAUGAAUUCCGUUCUCAUUACCCGAAUGUGUACUCUCACUCAACCCUUGCAACAAAUGAAGAACUUGAGGCUUUCAAGAAUUAUCAAAACCGUCUUGCUGCAGUAGACUACAUGGUAGCCCUUGAAAGCGAUGUUUUUGCUUACACUUACGAUGGCAAUAUGGCGAAGGCCGUGCAAGGUCAUAGACGAUUUGAAGGAUUUCGGAAGACCAUUAACCCGGACAGGUUCAACUUUGUAAGAUUGAUCGACUCGUUAGAUAAAGGUGAAAUCUCUUGGGAAGAGUUUGCUUCAAAAGUUAAGGCCUUACAAUCCAACAGAUUAGGAGCACCUUACCUAAGACAAGCCGGUGAAUCACCACGAUUAGAGGAGAACUUUUACGCAAAUCCUUUACCAGGUUGCUUGUGUAAUCGAUCACACGAAGAAGCCAGUAAACAACUCAACAAGAGACCAAGACUGAGGGUUGCUUCACAAAGAUAGGUACUUUCAAUGAUCAUAAUGUGGUAGAUUAGUUCAAUAUCAAUAUACAUGUUCUACAAAUGGCCUAUAAGGGGUUGCCAGAAGUCGGGUUUUUCAUCGCCCUUCACACUGCGCAGCGAGCAGAAAGAAAGAGAGAUUGUUGUAAGAAGCAAAGCAGUACUUGGAAGCAGAGAUAUGAUGGUUUAUAAGAUGGACAAAAGAAAGCAUAUACACAAACCAGAGAGAUGUACUCAAAAAUCAUUCUUUAGGGUGGAAUAUAAAAAUUCAUUUAUUUUUUUUAUUUUUUUUUUCUGAGUUAGUUUUAUGAUUUAGGUUCAACAAGGAUUGAUCAUAUAUGUAUUACCAAUUCAUGAAAAAGAUAUACAGAUCUUUACACAGAUGCAGAAUUACUCUUA